AUGGCUCGUCCAAGCGCUGCAGCCCGCAAUUUGUCACUGACAGAGGAGCUCGAGAAGCUGGAGCAAUCCAUCACACUGACAUUGCAAGAGAUUGACCACAACUUCAGCAAGGCCCACAGGAUCGUCACGACCAGCAUCCUCCCCGUCGUGGAGCAGUAUGGCGAGCACUCGCGCGCAGUCUGGGAGGCGUCCAAGUUCUGGAAGCAGUUCUUCGAGGCGUCGGCCAACGUGUCACUGUCGGGCUACGAGGAGCUUGCCAACGACGACGACGCCGACACCACCACAGCCGACGACAGCACCGCCAUGAGGGACGAUACGACGGCAGACUACACGGCUCGGCACCAAGACGACGUGACCGGGACCUCGGGUGCGGAGCAGUCGACAUUGCAUGGCGAAGACGACUCGCUGCUGGACGACGGUGAUCUUACGGGGAGCACCCCUCGUCCCCCGGCAACCAAGACGAUGCAGGCGCAGCUGUCCAACCUCGAGUCUCCCUACGAGGCCAUGCGGCGCGAGAUGAUGAAGGAGGAGGAGACGAGCACCACGAGGCUCGACGAGGACGAGGAAGACUCGACGGUUCUCUUUGCUCAGCGCACCGCCCGCCUGCCCGACAUGUCAAUGACGCCCCGAGGAUCCCUGGAGCAUCAGGACUUGGGAAAGUCGGUGCAGCGGCACAAGGAUCCGCUCCUCCACCGCGUCCUCGACAAGACCUACCGUCUCCAAGCCACGCCCCAUAAGCCCGCAUACCGCAUCUCUCCGCUCAAGAAACCAGGCCAAGACAAGACCAAGGAGACGACGCACGCAUGGCAAGACUCGCCCAUGUCGUCGCCAGAUAUGGCGGUGCCGACGCUGCGCAGCGAGGCCUUCAUGUCGCCCUACAAGUCCAAUGCCCGGCAGCGCCUGGCCGCGGCGACGCGAGGCCCCAGAACGCCCGGCGUGAGCGUCCAGACGCCGGCGACGGCCAAGGCGUCCCGGGACGCGCAGCGGUACGAGAUUGACUGGGAGAGCGAUGACGAGGGCGACGACGGGGACCUCUACGCCGGCAUGAGCCCGCCCAAGACGAUACAGUUUGCGCUGCCGCCGUCGAAGCUGCUGCAGACGCCAGCGAGGGAGGCCAGCAAGAGGAUUGUCGACGACAUUUUGAUUGAUGCGGGAGCGGAUCCAGCGUCGUCGGAGUACAGCCCAACCAUGGUCAAGAUCAACGAGGACAUUCUCAACGACAGUUUCUGA